AUGAGUUUGGAGGAAUUGAUACCAUCGAAUCAUUCCAAAUCCCAUUUGUAUGCAAUCCUCAUCAGAACAGCUUUGGUGAUAUCUACGUUGAUUGUGGGUCUUAUCAUCCCCUUCUUCGGUCUGGUGAUGGCAUUAAUCGGAUCCUCACUAACAAUGCUAGUUACGUUAAUUCUUCCAUGCGCUUGUUACCUCAGCAUCUUAAGGGGGAAAGUAAGCUUCUUCCAGAGGUCGAUGUGUACAUUAGUCAUCACAGUAGGUGUCGUAUCAUCUGCCUUUGGAACGUUUUCAGCCCUGUCGAAAAUUAUCCAGAAAUUAAUCUAA